AAGUGAAGUUGAUUAUAUGAAUUCGAUUGGUUCGAAUGUCUACAAAUACAACUUCAUCAUAACGUUGACAAUCCAUUUCAUCAAUCGGAUUCAUUGCAUUUUUUUAGUCAUUUUUCGUGUGUGUGUGUGCUGAAUUUUUUCUUUUGUUUCCAUUAAACAUCAAUCACAGCUGUGUAAACGUUGCAGAAAAAAAAGAAUCUAUUUCUUCCCACUAUCCAUAAUGAUGUUAAUUUUGUUUUGUAUAAUUUUCAAUUCAUUAACAUUGUAUUGAUCAUCAUCAAGAAUCACGAAUUAAUCUACAUCUUUUCUGGAUUGUCAUUCAUUAUUCAUUUGCGAAACUAAAUUCUUUUUUUUUUUAAUUGAAACAAAAAAAAAUAUUUCAAAUAAUCAAAAUGAUUAUCAAAAAUUUUUCCAUUGCUGAUUAUUGUGUAUUUGUUGGUCUUCUUGUUGCAUCAUCAUUUAUUGGUAUAUUUUUUGCAUGGAGAGCCCGUAAUGCACCAUCAUCGUCAAGUUUUUUGACCGGUAAUCGAAAAUUAUCGAUAUUUCCAGUGACAAUGUCAUUAGUUGCCAGUUUUAUGUCCACAAAUACAUUGUUGGGCGUACCAGCUGAAGUUUAUCAAGUGGGCACACAAUUUGCUAUGCAAAUCUUUUCCAUCACUUUGGUCAUCAUAUUGGCUGCAGAAGUUUUUAUGCCAGUUUACUAUGAUUUAGGAAUUGUUUCCAUUAAUGAGGUAAUAUAUAUUUUUUUUUCUCGUUCUCUCGUAAUUUUUUUUUUGUCUUUUUUAUCCACACAGUAUCUUUUGCAAAGAUUUAAUUCAAAAAAUCUCAAAAUGGCUGGUUCAUUAGGUUUUCUUAUAGCCACUAUGCCGUAUAUGGCUGUUGUAUUAUAUGGACCAGCAAUUGCAUUAAGUUCUGUGACACCUGUUUCAAUUCCAACAUCAAUUCUGGUUGUCGGAAUCAUCUGUACAUUCUAUACAUCGAUUGGUGGAAUAAAAGCCGUCAUCUGGACUGAUGUGCUACAAUGUAUUCUAAUGUUUCUUGGCGUUGCUAUCGUCAUCAUACAAGGGUUGAUCGAACUCGGUGGUUUUACAUCUGCAAUCAAUAUACUUGAUCAAGGUGGACGUCUCAAAUUAUUAAAUUUCAAAUUUAACAUCUAUAAUCAUGAUAAUAUUUGGAAUGUACUUAUGGGAUCAUCUAUCAGUUGGGGUGCUUGUUAUUGCGUCAGUCAAACACAGGUUCAACGAUAUUGUUCAAUGCGAUCGAAAAAAUUUGCAAAACGUACAUUAUAUUAUAAUCUACCUGGACUAAUAUGUUUAUCAAUCAUGUCCAUAUUAAGUGGUGUUGUCAUCUAUGGUAAAUAUCAUGACUGUGAUCCAGUCACAUUGGGUAUCAUCAAACGACAUGAUCAAUUAGUACCAUACUAUGUAAUGGAUACUUUGGCUAAAUUUCCUGGUUUGCCUGGAUUAUUUGUGGCUUGUGUAUUUAGUGGUUCAUUAAGUACAUUAUCAUCGGGAUUCAAUGCAUUAGCUGCUGUUACAUGGGAAGAUUUACUUAAAAAUCGAUUCUCUUGGGCCGAUAAAGAUGAUCAUCGAUCGAUGAGAGCUGUCCGUUUAUUGGCACUUGGUUAUGGUUUGUUAGCCAUUGCCAUGUCAUUCGGUGUUGGUAGUUUAGGCACCGUAAUGCAAGCAUCAAUGUCAUUAUUCGGUUCGAUGAACGGACCGUUGUUUGGCUUGUUCAGCAUUGCUGUACUUUGUCGUUUUGUCAAUUCAAAAGGUGCAAUGGCCGGUUUUCUUUGUGGUUUAGCCGUUUCUUUAUCAAUAUCAUUAGGUGGUAUAGUUCAUCCACGACCACAUAUUUCUCUUCGUACUACUGUUGAUAAUUGUUCAACAGAAAUUCGUGAAUAUUAUUUAUCACCAUCAUCGGCUAAUGAUCAUUUUCUACAGAUGAAUAGCCGUUUCCUUACAUCAUAUCAUCCUGAAGGUGUGGGCAAAAUAUUACAUAUAAGCUACCUAAUCAUGUCGGUAGUUGGUUUUGUUGUAUGUGUAGUAGUCGGUUUAUCAGUGUCAUUAUUAACUGGUGGUCAUCGUGAGAAUAGAAAACUUGAUCAACGGCUAUUAUCACCAAUUGUACGUAAUAUUUCAUUCGUUACGGAUGUAACAUUGGAUGUUAAUUCAAAUCAUCAUAACCAUAAUCAUAAUAAUAACAGUAAUUUAAAGGUCGAUGGCAGCUUUUUUAAUGAAAAAAAUGUCUCACAAAAACAACUACAACAACAACAACAACAACCGGAACAGAUUGAAAUGGGCAUCACUAAUGUUGCAUUUACUAAUGAUCAAAUUAUCAAUAAUAAAUAAAUAAAUUUAAAGUUGUCGUUUGUA